ACGGCGGCCCGCAUGGAUACUAUGUAAUGGCAAGUAUCUCGCCUCAAAUGCCUGCGAGGGCCGGCUUGUCUCUGGCUCAGACACGUUGGGACUUACAGGUCAUGAGGACAGCUGACUCUCCUUGAACCGCAACGAAUCGAAACUCGCAGGGCAAGCAGGGCAAGCAAAGUCAGCAUACGACAUGAUACGUCUCUCCGAGGUGAAGCCCUUUACUUAUUACAGUAGAGCUCACAUGAGUGCUUCUCAAGACACCCACCAUUGCAUUUACUCCUUUCCCUCUGCCUCUUCCUCCUCUUCCAGCCUCGUGGACAGAGACCCCCCGCAGACGCCAUGGUUAGACACUACAACUUCGGCGUGGAGAUCGAGGCGGUUGCGAGACCGUAUGGUGGCGGUGAGAGCUUCACCAACGCUGAUUGGUAUCGCCAGCUUGCCGAGAAGCUAAGGAACCGUGGCAUUGACGCGGUGCACGACGACAAUUCUCGGUACAGCAAGCACCCCGAGUACUACGGCGGAAAGUGGUUCGUCACUCGGGAUGGGUCGCUGAAGCGGCCUCGUCCUUUUGUCUGCAUGGAAGUCGUCUCUCCCCGUCUCGACACCACCCAGCACGUCAGCCGCAUCCUCGGCGACUUCUGGGAGGCCAUGCGCGUGCAUUUCAACCCGCAAAAGGACACCUCAUGCGGCGGCCACGUCCACGUCACUCCCGUGAGCCUCAACAACAAGUUCUCGCUGCGCACGCUGAAGAAGAUCGCCUUCGCCACCAUCGUGUACGAGGAGUUCAUCGCCACCGUGCUGCCGCCCGUCCGCCGCGAGAACCAGUACUGCAAGAUGAACAGCAAGAGCGAGGAGUCUGGGCUGCACAGCUCGCUCGCCUGGGGGAAGAGCACCGCCGCCUUGGCCCAGGUGGCGGCCGAGAUCCUGUCCAAGCCGAACGAGAUGGAGCUGUACUUUUACAUGCAGGGGAACCGCUACGUGCUGUGGAACUUCCAGAACAUCUUCCCGAAUCCCAAGACCGGGAGGUGUACGGGCACCGUUGAGUUCCGUGGAGGCAAUCAGUUCCUCAACACCAAGGGGACGCUGGCGUGGGUGGCCUUUGUGCUGGGGUUCAUCACCCUUGCGACGCAGGAGGACCUGAUUAACAAGCCUCCAGCUUACGUUCCCAAGACCGAUCCCAAAUACGAGCCACGCCUCGAGAGCUGGUGGAAGCGAGUCCGCAAGGCGGCCAAGAAGUCCAAGAUUGGCCGCUACCUGCCGGAGGAAUACCAGAAAAUGCAAACGAGGUAGUGGACAGGGUUCACUAUGGCGUUUUAUUAUUAUUUCCAUGAUUGCAUUUGUUCGGGGUUAGAUCAUGGAGGGCAUUACCGGGCGUUUAUUCUCAACACGGGACAGUGGAAUACAGGAAAGACACGCAAUCUAGAUAGCGUGGAGACUACACAACAGCAGGGAGACCUUGGCUCCCAAGUAGAGCAUCAUUGUUGUCUUGAGACACCAGUCACAUUCACUUCGAUACAUAUUAUUUACAUGCA